AUGAUACAAGUAGAAUAGAGUGUAAUAAUAGAUGAAGAUAGAGUUAAAGAAAUGAUGGAGAUUACUUAAUGCUUAAAAUAAAUCCCAAUUUUAUUAGAUCAGAAUGUACAAUAAAAAAAAUAUUUCUAAGCUUGUUAUGAUAAAUUCUUGGAAUUUAACUUUCUCAAAUGAUGAAAAUGAAUAAAAACCUAAUAAAAACUAAUCAAUGUAAAUUUAUUAUCAAUAAAAUUAGGGAAAACAUUCAUCAAAAAUAGAAAAACCAUCUUUAUUAUAAUAUGAAAAAAGAUGGCUUUUUCAAAGAAAUGAUUUUAUUAAAUGAUCUUAACUUUUAUGAUUUAGAUUUUGUAAGGUUAAAAUGUAAUAGAUUAAUCUUAAUUUAAGCUUAGCAUUCGAAUCUAUAUAAUUAGAUAAGCAAUGUGAAUUGACAGCCUUUAGUCAAAAUCAAAGAAAAGGAUUUUAAAAUGUAUGUUUUAAUUUGUGAAUCUAAGAUUUAAUCGAAUGGAUUAAUGUCUAACCAAAUAUUUAAUAGCAAGUUUCAACAAAGUGUAUUAACUGGUCCUCAUAGUUCCAGAAAUUUUGAAUCCAAAGAUCAAACUAAUUUUUUCAUAUCAAGUGAACCUUAACUAGAAGAAAAAAGUAAUAAAUGGCUUCAUAAAUAUCCGUCUUAUAUUAUUUAGAAAACUGAAAAUGUAGAAAAAAGUGAAUUUCCAACACUCUUUAAGAAUUAUUCUUAAAUUGGAAAAAAUACUAAUGAUAUUAGUUAUGAAGAUUAAUAAAUUAAAUAAGAAUUUUAAACAUUAAUUAAUAUAAAUAAACUGUCUAAAGAAAAUUAAUAAAAAAAUUCAUUCGAUAGUUCUAUUAAUAAAAGAAAUAAUUAAUAAAAAUAAUCUUUAUGUAAAUAAAAUGAGAAUUAAUAAACAAAAUAAAAUGAAAAUUAAUAAACAAAAUAAAAGGGAAGAAGACCAAGUUCGCCUAAAUUUAAAUUUGUAGUUAAAAAUAAAAAAUAAACUAAAAAUUCAGGUUAACAUAUAAAGUUAACUUUUGAAAAAGGAUAAAAGGUAUUUGAAACCUCGUUCUAAAGAUUAAAUAAAGAAACAUCUAAAAGUGUAGAUUAACUUAAAAUAAAUGAUCACUUUUUAAAAUUGCAAAAUGAAUAUUAAAGAGAAUUAUACUCAAAACCAUUUGAGAAUACUAAAUAUUCUGAAAUAUCAAAAUUAUUUAGUCGUUAAACUCCAGAAAGUCCAACUUCCAUUUUAUACAAAAGAAAAAUUAAUAAAUCAAAACAAAAUAAAUCAUAAAAUAUUUUAAAUUCUUCUAAUAAUCUUAGUAAUAGAUCUGAUGAUAAGUACUCUGCUUAAGAGUUUGAUGAUAACUUUGAAAAUGAUGAAGAAUAGUUUAUACAUAAAGUUGAUUUAUACCAACUUUUAAAAGAAAAAAAAGGAAGUUCUAUUAAUCAGAAUACAGAUCAAAAUUUUGAACAUUUUGAAAGAAAUACAUUUUCAUUUAAAUAAUAGCCAGAUGCGUAAGCAAAUAAUUAAUUAAAAUAAGAGGAUAGAUUGUAAAAUAAUUAAUUUUAAAUUACAUUUUCACCUCAAUAAGAGAAUUAAAGAUUUUCACCAAUCACCAAUAAUGAUGAGAAUUAAAAGUUAAAUUAUCAAUUACAAAAUAAUAAUUUUUAAAAGCAUGAAAACUAAUACAUUAACAAUUUAGAAUAAAAUUAAUAUUAAUACUAUGAAUAAAAAUAAAUUUAGGUUCCAGGAACAAAAAAAUAGCCAAUUUAAAUAAAACUUAAUAUAUAAUAAUUUAUGAAUAAUAAUAAUCAAGAAAAAUAGAAUAAAAUUGACAUCUCCUAGCAUUCAUCGAAAAUUGGUAAGUAAUUAAUUAUUAUUUAGUCAAUCAAUCUAAUCAAUAUAGCUAAAGUUUUCGAAAAAUUAAAAAAUGA